AUUAGCCGAUUAGCUGCAUAUAUAUAUAUACCUGGGUUUGUUUUCCUCACCAGUAAGCAGUAAGAUGCACUCUCAUGAGAAGGCAGACGUGUUGUGUAUGUUGUUAUUGGCUGCUCGUGUAGACACUGUGCCGUUGGACUGAAUCCAGCUCCCGGUGACCGCUCAGCAUGACUGAAAGUGUAGAGCUGACUUGUGCUUUUCUGCAGCACAAACAUGUACGUUAUGGCUUGAAGAAUGUUGCUAUAGCAGUGAAAUAUCUGCAAAUCUGACAAUAUGAUGAAAUGGUAAUGUUGUUAAAUAAUAACACCAACAUAGAUUAAAAACUGUCACGGUUCUGCUGAAAAUCACAUAGCCACAGCAGAACAUUUCCCUGAACUUGCAGGAAUAUAAUAAAAGACUUUUUUAAACCGUAACAACAACACCUUAACAGACAACUAUAGUACAUCUCCAAAUAUAUAAGAAAACUGUGCUGCUAAUGUUCAUAGGUGCAUUUACACAGCAUUGAUAAACAUAUACUUUAAUAUUACGGACAGGCAUCUUAGUCUGGUUUAUGCAACAUUGUGAGCAGGCACAGAGCAGCCUUAACUCUUUAGCCCUGUAAAGAUGCCUUUGACAAAUUGCCAUCUACGGCAAUUUUUGACAAAAACUGUUUAAUAUACGUUUACGGUCAAACUCACUUUUAGGGACCAGUUCUCACUAGCUGCUUAUUAGCAUGCAUAUUACUGUCUGUUUAUUAGUACUUAAAACACAUACUACUUCCUCAUUUUACACCACCAUAUUUUUGAUUGUUUAAUCCUACCCCAUACCUAAACAUAACUAUUAGGCUAAUAAGUAUUUACAAGUAGUUAAUAGUUUAUUGCCCGUUGCCCAAACUAAAGUGUGACCAAGUCAGGUAAUAGUAGCUAUAUCUUUUUUAAAAAUAAAAGGGCAUUCAUUUAGCCACUGAUAACCUCGUGCAGAAGGUCCUGACACUGCAAGGUGUUUGAAAAUAUUACGAUAUUUUUGUAGCUACACGUGCUAACGGGGUUGACAGAUGGUGUCUUCCUCUGGUAAUAUUUGUGGGGAAACGAGGCAGCUACUCGUGGAGGACGAUAAUGUCGUUAGAUAUGCUAGCAAGGCUACACUGUUGUGAAACGAUGAGCAAAUUUGUGAUAUGCAAAUAAUUAAAUAAAUAACUAUAAAACUUCGUUACUAGUAUUUAUUAUAUUAUUGCCUGACCAUUGUAAAAAAAAAAAUAUUUACAUAAUUACCAGAUUUUUCUCGAAAUGUCUGAUUUUAGUAACGUGACAUGUGGCAUACAUUUUACCACACACGUGUAUUUUAAUCCUCGCUAACGUAGUGAACCAAAUGUGUUUGAGACGGGAUGGGAAUCUGCGGGCUAGAGGAGCUCCUGUGACGUCACGACAGCUCUCCGGAGCGAGCGCGCGAGCGAGGGAGUGCGCGCGCAGGAUGCUGAGCUGAACAGCUGAUUCUGUGCAUUUAAUCAGUAUGGACAGCUCCAUUCCGCUAACAUAGCAUCUAUUGCGGUAUAUAAAGGGCACCGUUUUCACUAAACGCGGCAAAGGAGAACGCACCAGCCUCACGAUGGAGCGUCUUCUGCAUUCACCUGGCCGGACACGGGAAGAGUACCGGUACCAAACGGCGCGUCCUUCAUCACAACUCACCUCAAGGUCUGCCUUCAGCUUUGGGUCCGCAGCACCUCUGAGAGGUAACGAAAUCCUGAGCGAAUUCGCCGCUAAACCGGCCGAUAGCUUGGAUUUUUCAAGCGCAUAUGCAGGUGCAAUGAAUCUGAGGAAAAUUAGUGAGAAAGAAUUACUGCAGGGGCUCAAUGACCGCUUCGAGGGAUUCAUCGAGAAGGUACAUCACCUGGAAAACCAAAACAGAGCGCUGGAGAAAGAAAUUGAGGCUAUUAGGCUGAGAGCAAAAUCCUCUGCAUCUCUGUCCAAAGAGUAUGAAUCAGAACUUAGUAGCCUGAGGCAGCAAGUUCAUGAGAUAGGCCUUCAGAAGCAUCAGAUUGAGAUAAACCGCCAGAACCUGGAGGACGAGUUUAACGCUUUGAGAGAAAAGUAUGAGAGAGAGGCUCGUGGUCGAGUCGAUGCGGAGGACAGCAUUUCAGUGCUAAAGAAGUGCAUUAAUGAUGUAUACCUGACCAAACAAGAAAUGGACAGAAAAGCUAACGCUCUCGAAGAGGAGAUCGGCUUCUUGAAGAAAAACCACGAAAGCGAGGUAGCCGAAAUGAUGGCCCACAUCCAUGAAGGUCACGUGACUGCAGAAAUGAGUGAUUUUAGUAGAAAUGAUGUCACUGCAGCUCUGAGAGACAUCAGGAUGCAACUUGAAGGUCACACCGACUCUGACAUCCGAUAUGCCGAGGAACGCUUUCGAGCGCAGCUCGCUAAACUGACCAAAGCUGCUGAGGUCAACAGAGAAGCUCUCAUGGCCACUAAAGCAGAGAUUAAUGAACACAGGAGACAGCUCCAGUCCAGGAACAUUGAGCUGGACUCUGUGAAAGGUGUUAGAGAAGCCCUGGAGAGGCAGCUGUAUGACCUCGAGCAACGGCACAACGCUGAAAUCCAUCACUACCAGGACACAAUCAGAGAAUUGGAAAAUGAGCUGAAAAAUGCUAAAUAUGACAUGAGCAGUCAUCUGAGGGAGUACCAGGACCUUCUCAAUGUCAAAAUGGCACUGGAUGCUGAAAUUUAUUCCUACAGAAAACUUUUGGAGGGUGAAGAGUCAAGGUACUCUACAAUCUCAGAUGCUCAUAUUUCAGUACCAUACAUUUACAGACAGUCACCCAUCUAUACUCUCCCUUGUGUCAAAAGACAGGGGGGAGCAACUCGAAGAGCAGAACCUCAGUACAAAUUUGUCGAAGAGAUUAUUACAGAGACCACCAGAGAAGAUGUGGAGAUAUCAGACACUGGCUCUGAUAAGAGUGGUGAGGGGAGAGAGAGCGACAGACCAGACGAGGAGAGCAGUGAGAAGGAUGAACAAGGUGAAACUCCACAGGACGCAGAAGAUACUGAAGAACCAGCCAUGGAGAACGGCAGUGAAGCCAGUCCUGAGUUAGAAACAGAGGAAAAUGAAGUCAAAUCAAGUGGUGAUAAAGAGGAUGAGCCAUCUGAAAAAACUCCAGAUGAUCCUGAGGUACAAAAAGAUGCUGACUCUGAACCAACACAGGAAUCUACAGAAGAAACCACUGAUGAGCAAAACAAAGAAGAGGAAAUAGACACAAAAGGCACUGAGCACAAAGACCUGAAGGAUGACGUGCAGGGAAAAGUAGAAGAACCUGAAGAGGCAGAAAAAGAUGUCCAUAAACCAGAUUUGUCAGAAAAGGAAGAAAAACCAGAGGAAUCAAAAACUGGAGAAAAAGACAAAGCAUCUCAGGAACUGCAAGAUACUAAAGCAACAACUGAAGUAGUUGUCGAGAGUGUCGAGUUAACUUCUCCAAAAACUGAAGGUGCUAAAGUCUUGUCUCAAGAAUCAACAACCGCAAAAUCAGCAGAGAAAGAGACAGAAUCAGUGAAACCUGUGGAGGAAGAUACUCCCAAACCUGAUAAACAAGCAACUCCCGAACAUGCUGAGAAUGGAAAGCAGGCUACUGGAGAGGGAGCAAAGGAGGAUACUUCUGCAAAAAAAGACAAAUCUGAUACUAUUAAGGAAGAAACUAAGAAAUCUGAGCCCAUGGAAAAAGACCAAGAGGAUAACAACAAACUAACAGAGAAACCUGUGGAGAAGAAGCAAGAGGAUAUGUCAGGUAAAGACAAAAAGGAACAUAAACCUGAGGAGUCUGAAAAAGACAGCAAAGUCGAACUGGUAGACAAUGUGAAAACAGGAAAAGGUGAAAGUAUUGAGGCUAAAGAACCAGAAAAGACACCAAAAGAGUUUUCAAAGGAUGCAGAACAACAAUCAGAACCUGAAAAGUCAAAGAAAGAGGAAGACAGCAAAAGCAGUAGCGGUCUAAAAAGUGUGACAAUUGAAAAGGGUGAAACUAGCAAGCUAAAAGAAACAGAAAAGACACAAGAAGACCUUUCCGAAGUUGCUAAAGAAAAAUCACAACCUCAAAAGUCACAAAUACAAGAGGACAGCAAAAGUGCAGACAGCAUCAAAACAGAAAAGACUGAACUUGCUAAGACCAAAGAAUCAGAGAAGACACAAGAACUUUCCAAAGUAGAAAAAUCACAACCUGAAAAGUCACAGAUAAAAGAAGACAGCAAAAGUGACAGUGUAAACAGUGUCAAAAUGGAAAAUGUUGAACGUGCUAAGACUAAAGAAGCAGAAAAGACACAGGAAGAAACUUCCAAAGUUGUGGAAGAAAAAUCACCUCCUGAAAAGUCACAUAUUACGGGGGACAAAAAAAUCGACAGUGCGAAAACCGAAAAGGUUGAACAUGCCAAGCCUGAAGAAGCAGAAAAGACACAAGAAGAAACUUCCAAAGUUGCAGAAGAAAAAUCACUUUCUGAAAAGUCACAGAUAACAGAGGACAAAAAAAUCGACAGUGCAAAAACCGAAAAGGUUGAACAUGCUAAGACUAAAGAAGCAGAAAAGACACAAGAGGACCUUUCAAAAGUUGUAGAAGAAAAAUCACUUCCUGAAAAGUCCCAGAUAACAGAGGACAAAAAAAUCGACAGUGCAAAAACCGAAAAGGUUGAACAUGCUAAGCCUAAAGAAACAGAAAAGACACAGGAAGAAACUUCCAAAGUUGCAGAAGAAAAAUCACAGACACAGGAAGUCCUCAAAAGUGAUAGUGUAGACAGCAUCAAAACUGAAAAGGUUGAACAUGCUAAGCCUAAAGAAACAGAAAAGACACAAGAAGAAACUUCCAAAGCUGCAGAAGAAAAAUCACUUCCUGAAAAGUCACAGAUAACAGAGGAGAAAAAAAUCGACAGUGUAAAAACCGAAAAGGUUGAACAUGCUAAGCCUAAAGAAACAGAAAAGACACAGGAAGACCUCUCUACAGCUGAGGAAGAAAAAUCACCUGGGUCAAAGAAACAGGAGGACAGCAAAAGUGAUAGCAGUGCUGAAAGUGUGACAACAAGUGGAGGGGAAGCUGAAAUCACAGAGAAACAGGUUGAUGAAACACCGAGUAAUCAACCCCCCAAAGCCCAGGAAGCAACAUCUGAUGCAAAGCCUGAGCAAAAGGAUACUAAAGAAAGCAAAGAGAAGAUGCCUGAAAAAGCUGAAGAGGUGGAUAGUGUGACGACCAAAGGCAGUGGAGCCAGAAAAGAUGUUAAAAGUGAAGAAACUGUCCAAAAAGACAAAGAAUCAGACAGUGGUGAACAUGAAGUGACGGCUGGAAAACCUGAGACGCCAACCAAAACAGAAGCUAAAGCUCUGGAGAAGACAGAGCAACUCAAAGACAGCAGCAAAGAGGACAGAGUGGACACCAAAGGUCCCGAAGAAACAACUAAACCCUCUAGUGUAAAGUAGAAUAUAAACAGCAGACAUUUUGAUUAAAAUGCCUUUGAGAAUAGAGAAUGUUCAAAUAGCAACCUUUACAAAUUAAUAUCAAUUGCAAGCGUGUGACAGAUGAUCUCAGUUGAGCAUGACUUAUAGAAACUGCUUUCUUGAAGUGUGAUGUUUCUGAUGCAAGACGCAUGCGUACACCGUGUACAUAACGAAUGUGAAUUAUGAGGAAUGUAUAAAACUUUAUUUUGCUACAUCCCUUGCUCUGAUCAGCCAAAUGUAAACAGUGCUAUACAUUAACUGAAUAAAUAUUACAGCAUAUCAGUG